GUGUGUAUACGUCGACGAACGGAGCUGAAAGAGUCGUUUUCUGCUGUGUAUUUACUGCUACAAUUCAAUGCAAUUUUGAGUGUGUGCAUUGCCAGGUGUUUCAACACGUGAUCCAUGUGCACUCGAGCAAGUGGUGCAGUUCUGCCGCCUAUAUCGAUCGAUUGUAUCCGUAACAGGUCCGUGCAUUUGUGAUAGAGACUGUGUGAUAGUGUUAAAAGAUAGAACUGUGUCUUUGAAAACGAUUCCUCCAUUUUAGUUGUGGUGUACAAGUGAAAGAGCGCACGGCGCAGUGGCUUAGCGUGAUGAGCAGCGUUGAGCAACAACAAUUGCAGCCGUACAAUAUGGCCGACACGGAUACGCCAGACGCUCCAGCUGGACGUUGUUUAGUGGAUAGUGGUGGUGAGAUUAACAGUGCAGUGUCCAACGUGGAAGUAGCGUCGGGGUCGGAUGUAGUGUGCAGAAGUACCAAAACCAGUAGCAAUGCCAAUUCCUUCCGGAUCGAAGCACUGCUGGCCAGCAAAGAGCACGAAAACACCAACAGCACAGGGACCGACCUGUCGCCGAUUCGUUCCAAGACGAGCGCGGUGGAUCUGAACGGUGGAGAUGGGUUCAACGCCAGCGAUGAUCGCCACUCAAGAUCCGAAUCCACCUUCUCCUCUGACUCGUGCUCAUCGAUCAACCCGGGCAGCGUGGAACCGCAGGACAUAGACGACUGUGCGAUGAAUCCGAUGGCAAAAUCGUCCUCGCCCAACCACCACGACUAUCUGCCGUUCUACAAUCUCUGCCCAUCGCAGGUGAUCUUCACCUCGAACGCAUCCACCUUCGACACACAUCCUGCCGUGUGUAACAAAAGCAUACCGGUCGACGCUGGGAAUCGGUUCCAUUUCAUGCAGCUACCUCAGCUAGAGCUUCUAAGGCACCACAACAUCUACUAUCCUCGAAUCACGGAGCUUACAGGACAAAAUUCAGUAUACGGAAAAGCGCGACGGCCCCGGACGGCGUUCACCUCCCAGCAGCUGCUCGAGCUGGAAAAGCAGUUUAAGGUCAGCAAAUAUUUGUCCCGCCCGAAGCGGUACGAGGUGGCCAACAAUUUACUUCUCUCUGAAACACAGGUUAAAAUUUGGUUUCAAAAUCGGCGUAUGAAGUGGAAACGGUCUCGGAAGGUGAAUGAGUCGAAAAAGUACAGCAGCAAUGCUGGCAGCGGCGGCUCCAGCAAUAACAACAACACCGCCACCGCCAACAGUAGCAGCAAUGGCAGCAGCAGCAGCAGCAGCAGUAACAGUAGCGGUAGUAACAUUAGUAACCAUAGUAACGGUACGCUUGGGUCGAGUAGCGUUACCGCUAGUAACGGCUCACAGAACGGUACCAAUGGCGGUGGUUCACUGUUGCUCGCCGGUGCCAAUAAAACUUCCAACGACCAUCACCACCAUCCGUGCAAUCGAACGGCGGGCGAUCCGGGCCGAGGUAACGACGGUCCGGGUGGGCUGACGGCAGUGAGCAAACUGUCCUGCAUGCUGGACCAUCCGAAGGAUCCGAAGCGUGACAGUAGUAACGGUGCCGGCAAACAGCACGCGACGGCCGCCCUGUUCGUCAGCAAUCAGCCGUUUCAGACGGUGGUCGGUGGUGGUGCGACCAGUCCCAGCGAUCUCGUUGGCGUCGGACCGGCCCUGUUUGCAUGUGAUCCACCGAAUGGUUUAAGUUUUCGGCCUUAUGUAACGUAAGCGAAGGGAUGGUGACACAAGGAAAAAUGAAAGGACGAACGUAUAAGCCCAACAGGAACCUCUGUGGUGGUGUGUGGGGAGCAUUGGGCCACCGGGAAUGUUGGGAACACGCUCAAAACC